AUGGCCGACGAUCAGCGUGAGACUGCAUCACCCUCACUUCCGACCACCAAUACUGACCGGAAAGAGCGAGAAUCGCCCAGGGGCGAAGACCGCAGACGCAGCAGGUCUCCUCGACGCGAUAGAGACAGGCGAGAGGAUCGACCGCGGCACAAGGACGCAGGGUUCAGAUGGAAGGACAAACGGCGAGACGACAACGAUUCGAGGCGAGACCACGACUCAGGACUGCAGCGAGGAUACAGAGAUCACUAUCGACCUCGGUCGAGAUCCAGAACUCCACCUUCUCGAAGGCGCUCUCCCAGGAGAGAUGACAGAGAUCGCGACAGGCGACGAGAUCGGGAGGAAUCAGGAUCCCACGAAGAAAAGAAGAAGGAUAAGCUCGACAAGAAAGAGAAGAAGCCAGCGCCGGCAGCGCCUGUGCAGCCGAUGAUUAUUGUCUACGUCAACGACCGGCUGGGCACGAAGAAAGCCAUUCCGUGCUAUCCCACAGAUCCAAUAAAGGACUUCAAAGUUAUAGUUGCCUCGAUGAUUGGCAGACAGCCUCACGAGAUCCUGCUUAAGCGACAGGGCGAGAGACCAUUUAAGGAUCAACUCACUCUCCAAGACUACGGGGUUAGCAACAACGUCCAGCUGGAUCUCGAGGUUGAUACAGGUGAUUGA